GGCAGCGGCCGGCACUUCCUGUAUAAAGGCGGGCGGUCUGCUGCGAACCCCACGAGCCGGGCUCGGGCGCGAGCAGGCGGCGGCGGAGCAGGGGGAGGGCUGUCCCUUCGGCCCGCCAUCCCUUCGGCUUUCCGGGUUCUCGGCGUGACAUCCGCGGAGCGGGGCCCUGCAUGCGUGUGCGCGCGGAAGAAUGGCAGUGCUCAAACUCAGCGACCAGCCCCCACUGGUCCAGGCCAUUUUCAGUGGAGAUCCAGAGGAGAUACGUAUGCUCAUCCACAAGACUGAAGAUGUGAACGCACUGGAUUCUGAGAAACGAACCCCGCUUCAUGUGGCUGCAUUCCUGGGAGAUGCAGAGAUCAUCGAACUCCUGAUUUUGUCAGGAGCUCGUGUAAAUGCCAAGGACAACAUGUGGCUGACCCCACUACAUCGAGCUGUUGCUUCCAGAAGUGAAGAAGCAGUGCAAGUAUUGAUUAAGCACUCUGCUGAUGUCAACGCGAGAGACAAGAACUGGCAGACCCCGCUCCAUGUGGCAGCAGCCAAUAAGGCUGUCAAAUGUGCAGAAGUCAUCAUUCCACUACUGAGCAGUGUCAAUGUCUCUGACCGAGGGGGGCGCACAGCCUUGCACCAUGCGGCUCUGAACGGCCAUGUGGAGAUGGUCAGCUUACUCUUGGCUAAAGGGGCCAACAUCAAUGCCUUUGACAAGAAGGACCGACGUGCCCUCCACUGGGCAGCAUAUAUGGGCCACCUGGAUGUUGUGGCACUGCUCAUUAACCAUGGCGCAGAAGUUACCUGUAAGGAUAAGAAGGGUUACACCCCUCUGCAUGCCGCAGCCUCCAAUGGGCAGAUCAAUGUCGUCAAACAUCUCCUGAACCUGGGGGUGGAGAUUGAUGAAAUCAAUGUCUAUGGAAACACGGCACUUCACAUCGCCUGCUACAAUGGCCAGGAUGCUGUUGUUAAUGAGCUGAUCGACUAUGGUGCUAAUGUGAACCAGCCCAACAACAGUGGCUUCACCCCUCUGCAUUUUGCUGCGGCCUCUACUCAUGGUGCUUUGUGUCUAGAAUUGUUGGUAAAUAACGGGGCCGAUGUGAAUAUUCAGAGUAAGGAUGGCAAAAGUCCUCUGCACAUGACGGCCGUCCAUGGAAGGUUCACACGCUCACAAACGCUCAUCCAGAAUGGAGGUGAAAUUGACUGUGUGGAUAAGGAUGGCAACACACCUCUCCAUGUGGCUGCAAGAUACGGUCAUGAGCUUUUGAUUAACACCUUAAUAACCAGCGGAGCUGACACAGCCAAGUGUGGAAUUCAUAGCAUGUUCCCCUUACAUUUAGCUGCCCUAAAUGCCCACUCUGAUUGCUGCAGAAAGUUGUUAUCGUCGGGACAAAAGUAUAGCAUAGUGUCCUUGUUUAGUAAUGAGCACGUGCUGUCUGCAGGCUUUGAAAUAGACACCCCAGAUAAAUUUGGAAGAACGUGCCUUCAUGCUGCUGCUGCAGGAGGUAAUGUGGAAUGUAUAAAACUCUUGCAGAGCAGCGGAGCAGAUUUCCACAAAAAGGACAAGUGUGGGAGAACCCCUUUGCACUAUGCAGCUGCAAAUUGUCAUUUCCACUGUAUUGAGGCAUUGGUGAUCACUGGGGCCAGUGUUAAUGAAACAGACGAUUGGGGACGGACCGCUCUGCACUAUGCUGCUGCAUCAGACAUGGAUAGAAAUAAGACGCUCUUAGGAAAUGCCCAUGAAAAUUCUGAGGAACUUGAAAGAGCCAGGGAAAUGAAGGAAAAAGAAGCGGCACAAUGUCUAGAGUUUCUGCUUCAAAAUGAUGCAAAUCCGUCCAUCCGGGACAAGGAAGGCUACAAUAGCAUCCACUACGCUGCUGCCUAUGGCCACAGACAGUGUCUGGAACUACUUUUGGAAAGAACCAACACUGGUUUUGAAGAAUCUGAUUCUGGUGCUACCAAGAGUCCACUCCACUUAGCUGCCUAUAAUGGGCACCACCAAGCCUUGGAGGUCCUUCUGAAGUCUCUGAUGGACCUGGACAUAAGGGAUGAGAAAGGCCGCACGGCACUGGAUCUAGCUGCCUUCAAGGGACACACAGAAUGCGUGGAGGCACUUAUUAAUCAAGGCGCAUCCAUCUUUGUGAAAGACAAUGUAACGGAAAGAACUCCACUUCAUGCCUCAGUUAUUAAUGGUCACACCCUGUGUUUGAGGCUAUUACUCGAAAUUGCAGACAACCCGGAAGUGGUUGACCUGAAAGACGCCAAAGGACAAACCCCCCUGAUGCUUGCAGUAGCAUAUGGACACAUUGAUGCUGUUUCAUUAUUACUUGAAAAGGAAGCAAACAUAGAUGCUGUUGAUAUCAUGGGAUGCACAGCUUUACAUAGAGGGAUUAUGACAGGACACGAGGAGUGUGUUCAGAUGCUGCUGGAACAGGAAGUGGCAAUCCUCUGUAAAGAUUCCCGAGGGAGGACACCCUUGCACUACGCAGCUGCGCGGGGCCAUGCCACGUGGCUGAGUGAGCUGCUCCAGCUCGCUCUUUCCGAGGAGGACUGCUGUCUCAAGGACAACCAAGGCUACACACCACUGCACUGGGCUUGUUAUAAUGGUAAUGAAAACUGUAUAGAGGUACUUUUGGAGCAAAAAUGUUUUCGCAAAUUUAUUGGUAAUCCCUUUACUCCACUGCACUGUGCAAUAAUAAAUGAUCAUGAAAAUUGUGCAUCAUUGCUACUUGGGGCCAUAGAUUCCAGUAUCGUCAGUUGUAGAGAUGACAAAGGCAGGACACCCCUCCACGCAGCAGCCUUCGCUGAUCAUGUGGAGUGCUUACAGCUGCUUCUGAGACACGAUGCUCAAGUGAAUGCAGCUGACCAUUCAGGGAAAACAGCACUGAUGAUGGCUGCAGAGAACGGCCAGGCAGGCGCUGUGGAUAUUCUGGUGAACAGUGCCCAGGCUGAUCUGACUGUGAAGGAUAAGGACUUGAAUACUCCCUUACAUCUGGCUAGUAGCAAAGGUCAUGAAAAAUGUGCCUUGUUAAUACUUGACAAGAUACAAGAUGAGAGCCUUAUUAAUGCCAAAAACAAUGCAUUGCAGACACCUCUCCACAUUGCUGCACGCAAUGGCUUGAAGGUGGUAGUUGAGGAGUUGCUGGCCAAAGGAGCCUGCGUACUUUCUGUAGAUGAAAAUGGUCAUACCCCGGCCCUGGCUUGUGCUCCUAAUAAAGACGUGGCUGACUGCCUGGCCCUCAUUCUGGCUACCAUGAUGCCUUUUUCUCCUUCCAGUACAAUGGCGGCUGUCAACUUCGUUUGUUUUAAAAAAGACAAUUUGAGCAGGACAACCCUCUCCAAUCUGGGGAGCAUGGUUAGCCUGUGCAGUAACAACGUAGGCUCGGAGGAUGGUUACAAUGAAAACGAUUCUGAUUCUGAAACAUUCUGACUUUGGACUAUACAAGCUUUUCUUUGGUCACCUGUGUUGCAGGAAAGGAAAAAAGCUUGAAUUCCAGGUUUUUUGCUCUGUUCAAGUAUUUGGGGCCCAAGUUUCUAGAAGCCAGUAGAAAAAGAGUCAGCCCAGCCCAGAGAGGGCAGCUAGGCUGUAGGCAAAAAUACACACAGAUGGGUCUGGCUUUUGUUUGCUUCAUGUUUUCUUUAGCUCUAAGGUACUUCUGUGAAAGUCUACUUCUCAUUUCAAGUCAAAAAUUUCAAAGUAUUUAAUUCUUUUGCUUUGAGUAUAAUGCAACAGAGAGGCAACUAUUCACUAUAAAUUUUUUUUUUUCACGUACUCGGUGAAUUCUGUGAGAUCUAUUGAGGAGGCAUUCAUAUCCUCUGGGAGGGGAGGGAAGAAGUGGAUAGGAAAUGCCUGGAACCGAUUCUCACUUUGAUGUUUACUUCCUCAGUAGCAGCCAAAGGUAAAGGUGUUCAUCUUCAGACAUAAUGCCUAUAAUUAUCUUCUUAAGGGAGUCCAAUUCUUUCUGUCCUCUCUAUAGUAAGCACUUAAAUAUCCACAAAUUUUGUCCAGGGAUCUUUGUUAAAGUUGCCAAAUGAAUGGAAAAAUUGAUCAUGCUUUUUCAUUAAACACAGACACAGCACCCAGGGCUCUCCAUAUGAAAUUUGUGACUGAUUUUUCACCUGAGUGAUUGAUCCCAAUUUAUCUAAUAACAUUUCAGUUGAAUUAUAUUGCACCAAAACUAUGAGAUAAUAUGCAAUUCGAAUAUGAAAUUAUCCUUUUGUUAGUUUGUUCCUAAAUGAAAAUAUUACUUUGUAAGGCAUCAGAAUCGUCAACACUGUCCAUCAAUGGUAAAAUAAAAAAUGAGUUUCUCAGUCAAGGUCAUAUCAACUGAGUGACAAUAUGGCUACAGAAGGGAAUUAAGAAAACAAAAAUAGAAAGUAGAAUUGAAUGAUGUGGAAAUGAAAGCCAAUUGCCAGAUGUUUGGUGAUGAAAUCAGCAUUGUGAAUACUAUGUCUGCUCCCUCUGCCUAAGCUUCUAGGUUGAAUGGACCCCGUUCUGCACCUGGGACAGCUGUACAAAAAGAAGAAUGAGACUUUAAAAAUUAUGCACAGACACAUGCACACAUAUGUGUAUAUUUGUAUGUACUUCAUCCACCAGCUAUCCAUGAGGACCAAAAUGCUUCUCCCUGUAAAAUGGGAGAUUUUCUUUCUUUCAAAAUGCAAAUAAAAACCAUAGUAGUUUUUCUAUGGGGUUAAAAUGUACUCUUUUUGUGUGCCAGUCCUUAUCAUAUUUUAUAUUUCCUAUAACUCAAGUUUCUAGUUGAUGACUGAACAUUUGUAAUAGAUGAUGUUUUGACCACAGGUGUUUGGUUUUGUUUUUUUUUUAACUAGAGGAAAUGUCUGUACACUUUUGGUGUAAAUGUGUUUAUAUUUAUUUGAAAUGAAACAAAUGCUGAGGAACUAUCUUCUGUUUUUUUCCUCUAUAUUUUAAUUGAUAUGUAUCUUAUUUGUAAUAACAAAAAAAAUGGGGAUGUACCCUUGACCUUGGGCCAGCCAACAGCUCUGGAGUUAAAUCCAGCAUUUCCACUACUAAGGUUUCAAAUCAACCCUCAGGUUCAUCCAUUGCUCAGUCCCACUCUGUAGCCAGCUUAGAGCUCUCUGUGAGAUGAAAAGUGAUAUGGCAGAUCAUAUGCACAAAGGUGGCUCAAAGAAAGACCCAGAGUUUAUCCUAACUACACUGAAAAUGUUACAUGGUCCUGAUAACCUAAUGGGAAAUGAUGCUACAUGUGGGCACUGUGCCCAGGAAAGAAAUAAAAAACCAGCCCAAGUGCCAUUCUGCACUUGAAGAAGAUUCAGAAAAGAAAUAUGCAGUGUUAAGGCAGUACUUUCCAACAUUUUACAGUAGGUUCCGCAUCUUCAUCCUGGAAUUUUCUAUUUAUAGUAUAUGUGAGAUACUUUUGUAAACAGUGUUCUAUGACAUCUGGAUCAGAUCCAGAUAAUGUAUUAUCUUUUUCAGCAAGCUGUAGAAGACUUUUACCCUUACUCUUUUAAUAUCCUGGAUUUAAUUAAAACUCACAUUCAGUUCCUCACAAAUGAAACCUUGUUUGAAGGUCUCAUAAAACUGGUAUCUAUUUCAUCAAAAAAAAAAGAAAAGAAAAAAAAAUUACACCAGCAACAUUUUUUUUUUUAAUUCUUCGUGUGGUUUCCCUCCUUCUUCUGUUCUUUCUGUUUAGAGCAGGUACCUUUUUUAAAAAAGUAGAAAAAUUGCCAAUGAGCAGCAAUGACCUUAUCUUUACUGAAACACUGAAGAUUCAGGGAGCUGUCAUGUUGAAGAAGCCUUAUCUAGCCUGGGCCUUGUCUCCAUGGAGCUGAGCUCUAAGCUCCAACCUGUUUUCUGUUAGAGGGAGGACAAGGAACAAAAUGAAAUCAGGCUUACCAAGAGCCAUUCUUCUGAGCUCGUCUCUUGCUCCUUCUCUGCCUCUAUUUUUACCUCCCAAAUUUUUAAAGACAUGUAUUUAAAACUAUAAUUUCUGUGUAUUUCAGUUAUCUCUCAUAAAUAAACUUAUAUUUGAAGCAUAACAUUCCAAGGGGAAAAAACAACAAAAAAUGUUUUUAUUAGCAUCUUAAUUGCUUAAUACUUUGACCUGAAUGUGUUAUUUUUAGACUAUAUUUUAACCACAGCUACAAGGACCAUGUUUCACUGGACUUACCUAUUCGCUGAUGUCUGCCUAUCUUUGGUCUAUUCAUUACUAUCUCCAAAUUGCCUAAAGUCUGCUAUGAUUCUACAGUAAAUAGCUCAGGGGAUUUCUGUUCAUCAGUACUAAAAGGGCACCAUAGUACAUUUUGGUACCUCUGGCAGUAAACAGCUGCUUGACUUAUUUUAUUAUUAUAUUAAAACAUCAAAUGGAUUUUCUGCAUUAGCCAUUCUUUGUACUGGUUAAGCAACUUGGUUUGCUUAUCUAUUGUGUUGGUCAAAGAAUCAUCCUUUUUCUUUGUCUUGGAACAUGAAGUUAGAGUGCCUUUUUACAUUUGUAUAUUCUGGAAAUGUUCUGUGAAAUGUUUUGUAUUUUUUUCAUUUGAGUGUUAAUCAGAGCAAUAUAAUACCAGUGAGUUUUUCUUUCUACCCUUCUUUGAAUGUACAAAGUGUCCUCUUUCCUAUUUCCCCUUUUCUCUGCUUUGAAAUUAAAAUGCUAAAGUUUUCUAUAGGAAUUAUGUUGGAUUUUGCAGUGCUAAAAUGCUUUCUUCUUGCAAAACUGUAAACCAUAGGUCAGUAUUAUAGGGGAACAGCGUUUUAAGAUAGUGACAAUCCAAGUGUGUGUAUAAAUGUAAUUCUAUGUGUUUCUUAUGCAGUGAUCUGAAGAUUCAAUGCAAGUACCUUUCCUUUGGGAGUUUUGUCUACAGACUCUAUGCUUUAGCAUGUGCAAUAUAUCUUUGCAAAGCACGAGGAUACAAAUCUGGCGCCAGUGUUAUAUUUUGUAUAACAAAUUUGUAACAGCAUAAGAUAUUAUCUGAUGAUUUCAGUAGGAUUUUGUCUAUAAUUUUUAAAUGUAAAUUGGAGUUGAAUGACUCUGGUAAAUGUCAUGAGUGUAAAAAAUGAGGAAAAUGGCUUUCUUUUCAGUGAAUGACUUCAAACCAGUCUGAGUCUUCCCAAGCACAGUUUAAUACUUUUGCAACUACUGAAUGCUCUAGUAAUGUAAUGAAGUACUUAACUGUAAUAUGCUAUGGAAAUGCAUUCAGAUGGUUAUUUUUAAUAAAAACGGUACAAAUAUUGUU